UCUGAUUACCAACACCAUGCGCGGAUAGCAUAAAUAGUACGGACCUAGUAGAGUAGUCGAGCUUGAAACUACGGCAUUCAGACAAAAUACCUACUUACCUUCGGUACCCAUCCCCGCUUGUAAAGGAAAAUAACAACAACACCGGCCAUGGAAUUCAACCCCACCAAAGCGAUCGUUCACAAUGAAGGCUGCGACUUGCAUUACUGGUACCAAGGCCAGGGGCCCCUUAUCACUUUUAUUCCGGGCGGGAAUGGCCACGGGCGACAGUUCAACAACAUAAUGGCCGCCCUCUCUGACAAGUUCACCUGCGUCACCUUCGACCGCCGCCAGAUGUCGGCCAGCCAGGUCAAGGUCAACAAGAAGCUCAGCCCUCCACAGCAGGCACGAGACAUCCGCGCCGUCAUCAAGGCCAUGGGCUUCGACAAGUCCAUCCUCUUCGGCAGCAGCAGCGGAGGCAUCUUCGCCUUCACCUUCGCCCACGACUUCCCGGAGAUGGUCGACCGCUUGAUCGCCCACGAGGCCCCCACCAUCACCCUCCUCCCAGACGCUUCCGAGGUGUUUGAGUGGUUCCUCCAUCUCAUGGAGGUCUAUGAGAUCCAGGGACUGGAGAAGGUGACCAUCGAGUUUGCCCACAAGCUGAUCGGGUACGGCGACGAGGGCAUCCCCCAGACGGUGAAGCCGGAGCCCGAGAACCCGAAAAACUUCUGGGACAACGAGUUUCCCGUCUUGUUGGGCUAUGCGCCCAACUUCUGGCGGAUCAAACAGAACAAGACUAGCAUUGGCGUGAUGAGGGGCGUUAGAUGCAAGGAUGCCUUCUUUGCGAGGGCGACAGAGGAGCAGGCGAAGGUUCUGGACUGCGCGAAGAUGCUCGUGCCGGGUCAUCACCAGGGCUUUGAGGCCGAAACAAAAGAGUUCCUUCCUUACUUUUUGAGCAUGUUGGACACGUUGGAGAGGAAGAAAGAGGAAGUGGAGACGGGGAAAUUGUAGUUUAUUGGCGGGCAAUGGCACAGGGGACGAUCUAAUCGGCAUUGUUGAAGGGUAGGUAUCAGUGCACCAGACAGAGCAGAUCUGUAUUUGACGAAGUAACCUAUUCCCAAUAACACCCCUCCCGCAACCGCAACCCCAAUACCCAGAGCACAACCACAAAACCGCACGAACCCACCCCCCGCCUCAAUACCCUCACCCCCUCCCGGGGGACAGGUGCUCCGGAAGCCUGACACCAGGCUGUCUGCGGGACACACGGGCAAAGGCGGCGGUUAAACAGCGCGCGGUUGGGCGAUGGGUUCGCCGGGCGCGGCGGCGGCGAGCAGGCGGGGAGGGAUGCAUUUUCUGUUGUGUUGCCGCCGGAGUAGAGAGGGUCG